AUGUCUUCUCUAAGUGACCAAUUAGCUCAAGUUGCUUCCAGCAAUGCUACGGUUGCGUUGGAUAGAAAAAGAAGACAAAAGCUUCAUUCAGCUUCUUUGAUUUAUAACUCGAAGACGGCUGCAACUCAGGAUUAUGAUUUCAUUUUUGAAAAUGCUAGUAAGGCUCUCAAAGAACUGAGUCAAAUAGAGCCGAAGUUUGACAUUUUCUCAAGAACUCUAUUUUCGGAGUCCUCUAUUACUCUUGAUAGAAAUGUCCAAACAAAAGAAGAGAUUAGAGAUUUGGAUAACGCCAUUGAUGCGUAUUUGCUAUUAGCUUCUUCCAAAUGGCACUUGGUACCCACACUACAUGCAACAGAAUGGUUGGUUCGUCGUUUCCAGAUUCAUGUCAAAAAUACAGAAAUGUUUUUACUGUCCACUCUAAAUUACUAUCAAACUCCUGUCUUCAAACGAAUCCUAAGUAUCGUCAAAUUGCCACCUCUGUUCAAUUGUUUAUCUAAUUUCGUCAGAAGUGAAAAAGCUCCAACAGGUUUGACCAUGGUAAAGCUCUUUAAUGAUAUGGAUUUUUUGAAGCUAUACACAAACUAUCUGGACCAAUGUAUCAAGCACAAUGCGACAUAUACUAACCAGCUUUUAUUUACCACAUGCUGUUUCAUCAACGUAAUUGCCUUCAAUUCUAGCAAUGAUGAAAAGUUAAAUCAGCUUGUUCCAAUUUUACUUGAAAUCUCUGCUAAACUUUUGGCCUCUAAGUCUAAGGAUUGUCAAAUAGCGGCUCAUACCAUCUUGGUCGUGUUUGCUACUGCCUUGCCUUUAAAAAAACCAAUUAUUUUAGCUGCUAUGGAAACCAUUCUUUCAAACUUAGAUGAUAAAGACGCCAAACAUUCAGCGCUUGUUACAAUUUGUAAGCUUUUCCAAACACUAAAAGGGCAAGGUAAUGUUGAUCAGCUACCCUCUAAAAUUUAUAAAUUAUUCGAUAGCAAAUUCGACACCGCAUUUGUUCUCGCUUUCUUAGAUAAAGCCAGUAAACCAGCGUGUGAUAAAUUCAUUACCUCAUAUACCAGAUCUGUUGCAAGAUACGAUCAAACCAAACUGGACUCUAUUUUGAACCUACUGAAAAAAAUAAAAUUAGAAAAAUACGAAGUUAGACUAAUCAUCACUGACUUAAUUCAUAUUUCCGAAAUUUUAGAAGAUAAAUCACAAUUAAUAGAGUUAUUCGAAUAUUUUACUUCCAUUAAUGAGGAUUUGGUGUUGAAAUGUCUGAGAUAUUUGGGCUUAACUGGUGAAAUCUUUGAAAUUAGGUUGACUACAUCAUUAUUCACCAACGUCGAUACGAACGCCGACAUUGUAAAACAACUAUGUGACCCUAUGGAAGCUACCCGAAACGGUACGGUUCCAUCGUUCCAAGCUUUUUUAGAUAUCCAUUCAAACUUUAUCAACACAACAAACAUGUCGAUUCUCGCCGAAUCUGGAGAAAGAUUUAAAAAAGUUUUAUCUCUAUUUACUGAAGCUAUUGGCAAAGGCUAUCAGGCAAGCUCCUUUUUGACUUCCUUUUUUACUACUUUAGAGUCAAGAAUAACGUUUCUGUUGAGAGUAACUAUAUCUCCAGCCGCACCAACCGCGCUAAAGCUAAUCUCAUUGAACAAUAUUUCAAAAUAUAUCAACAGUAUUGAAAAGGAAGCUAACAUUUUCACCCUGGUUCCAUGUCUAAUUUGCGCUUUACAAGAUGCCUCCAUAAAGGUCAGAAUUGGUGUGAAGAAGAUUCUCUCUUUGAUAGCUAGGAGACCAUCCACAAAGCACUACUUUUUAUCUGAUAAGCUUUACGGAGAAAAUAUUACCAUUCCUAUGUUGAAUCCCAAGGACAGUGAGGCUUGGUUAGCAGGAUUUUUGAAUGAAUACGUCACAGAAAAUUACGAUAUUUCCAGAAUAUUUACACCGAAGAAAAAUGAAGGUGUCUUUGUAUUGUUCUGGGCCAAUCAAGCCCUAUUAAUACCUUCUCCAUAUGCCAAGACAGUGUUGUUGGAUAAUUUGAACAAAAGUUCAAGUUCUACCUCCUCCUAUUCUUCCUUGUUCGAAGAAUUUAUUUCGCACUACUUGAAAAACAGAUCUAGUUGGGAAGCAUGCUGUACCGCUAACAAAGCCAAUUUUGAACGCUUUGAGCGUGCUUUAGUCAAUUUAGUAUCGCUAAAGGAGAAACAGUCAUUUAUGAUUGAUUUUGUUCUCGACGCACUAAACUCGGAUUACGAACAACUAGCUAAUUUGGCUGCUGAAAGACUUAUAGGCAUAUUCCCCUCGUUGAAUAAUGUGCAGAAACUGAGAAUUGUUCAAAAUAUGGUGGAUUCUUCCAGUAACGUAGAAUUAUCGUAUGAUACAGUUGGCGUACUACAGUCAUUACCUCUUGACUCUGAGAUUUUCGUAUCUAUACUAAACCAAAAUAGCAUCAGUAACGAAAUGGACCAAACAGACUUCUCUAAAAGAAGAAGAAGACGCUCAUCAACUAGUAAAAAUGCAUUUUUGAAGGAGGAGGUUUCUCAACUGGCAGAAUUGCACUUAAGAAAAUUAACAAUUACUUUGGAAGCGCUGGACAAAAUCAAGAAUGUUGGCUCUGAAAAGCUCUUAUCCACACUGUUUUCCCUGUUGUCUGAUUUGGAGACUUUGGAUCAAGAUGGGGGACUACCUGUAUUAUACGCACAAGAAACUUUGAUUUCUUGUAUGUUGAACACAAUCACGUUCUUAAAGGAGCAUGGUUGUACAGAACUAACAAAUAUAAGAGCAGAUAUAUUGGUGUCCGCUAUUAGAAAUUCGGCAUCCCCUCAAGUCCAAAACAAACUACUACUUGUAAUUGGAUCUCUCGCUACUUUAAGUUCGGAGGUUAUUCUACAUUCUGUGAUGCCUAUCUUUACAUUCAUGGGAGCUCAUAGCAUUCGUCAAGAUGACGAAUUUACCACCACGGUUGUUGAGCGGACAAUACUAACUGUUGUUCCUGCCUUAAUUAAGAAUAGCAAAGAAAAUGAAAAGGAAGAAAUGGAGUUUUUAUUGUUGAGUUUUACGACCGCUUUGCAACACGUUCCAAGACAUAGAAGAGUUAAAUUAUUUUCUACUUUAAUUAAAACACUAGGGCCGGUCAAAGCCUUAGGUUCAUUCCUUUUCUUGAUCGCGCAACAGUAUUCUUCAGCUUUAGUCAACUUUAAAAUUGGUGAUGCAAGAACAUUAAUAGAAUUUAUUAAGGCUUUACUCGUUGAUCUACAUGUGAGUGAGCAGUUAUCAGGUUUGAACGAUUUACUCGAUAUCAUUAAAUCGUUAACAUCAUCGAAAAAAUCCUCAGAAAAAAAGAAAUUAUUGGAAUCCCGUGUUCUGUUUUCAAACGGUAUUUUGAAUGUUCCAGAAAGUGAAUUUUUAGCUUUCAUCAAUAAUGCGUUUGAAUUCUUCAAUAAAAUAACCGAGGAAACUGAUCAAGAUUAUUAUGACGUGAGAAAAAACUUAAGAUUAAAAGUAUAUUCCGUUCUUUUGGAUGAAACAAGUGAUGAAAAAUUAAUCAAAAGAAUCAGGGAUGAAUUUGGCACUCUUUUGGAGACACUUCUGUUCUUUAUUAAUUCUCUAGAAGUAACAUUUUCAUCCAUACUUUCUCAAGAAAACGACGAAGUAUCUGAUUCUGAAACGUCAUUUUCAGAUCAUACUAGUGAAAUAAAGGAAAUUUUAUUUAAGGUUCUUGGCGGUGUAUUGAAUAUUCUACCAGUUGACGAAUUUGUUAAUGCGGUAUUACCUCUGCUAAAUACAUCCAGUAAUGAAGACAUUAGAUACCAUUUGACGUUGGUAAUUGGGUCCAAGUUUGAAUUGGAAAGUUCGGAGGCUAUUCCUAUUGUCAACAAUGUAUUGAAGGUUUUGCUUGGCAGGAUGCCUCUGGAAUCCAAAUCUGUCGCUAUUUCUCAAGUAAUCCUGAACACAAUGACAGCUUUAGUGAGCAAAUAUGGUAAGAAACUUGAUGGCUCUAUAUUAACGCAAACUCUUACCUUGGCUACUGAAAAAAUGACCUCUGAUAUGACAGAAGUCAAGAUAUCAUCUUUGGCCUUGAUAACAAACUGCGUUCAAGUAUUGGGCGUUAAAUCAAUUGCAUACUAUCCAAAGAUAGUCCCACCUGCUCUCCAGUUAUUUGAUGGUUCUUUAGCGGAUAGCGUCAACCCGUUGAAGGAGCAGUUACAGGUUGCUAUACUGUUAUUGUUUGCAGGUCUGAUCAAAAAUAUUCCAAGUUUUUUGAUGUCGAAUAUCUUUGACGUUUUGCAUGUUAUUUACUUUGCCGAUGAAGUCGACAGUAGUAUUAGAUUAUCAGUGAUUUCAUUGAUCAUCGAACAUAUUGAUUUGAAGGAAGUUUUGAGGGUUCUAUACAAGAUUUGGUCCACUGAAGUAGCGACAUCCAAUGAUACCGUUGCCGUUAGUUUAUUUCUGAGUACAUUAGAAUCCACUGUUGAAAAAAUUGAUAAGAAAUCUGCAACUUCACAAUCUCCUAUAUUCUUCAAAUUAUUAUUAUCUUUAUUUGAAUUUAGAUCCAUUUGCACCUUCGAUAACAACACCAUUAGUAGGAUAGAAGCUUCUGUUCAUGAAAUUGCCAACGCAUAUGUUUUGAAGAUGAAUGAUAAAGUCUUUAGACCACUGUUUGUUUUAUUGGUAAGAUGGGCUUUUGACGGUGAAGGUGUAACCAAUGCAGGUAUUACUGAAGUAGAAAGGCUGCUGGCGUUCUUUAAGUUUUUUAAUAAGCUUCAAGAAAAUUUGAGAGGGAUCAUUACUUCCUACUUCACCUACUUGAUAGAACCUACAGAUAUUUUGUUAAAGAGAUUCAUCACCAAGGAUAUAGAAAACAUUAACUUGAGACGUUUGGUGAUCAAUUCUUUAACUUCCUCAUUGAAGUUUGAUAGAGACGAAUAUUGGAAGUCAACGUCCAGAUUCGAAUUGAUUUCCGAAUCCUUGGUCAAUCAACUAUCCAGCAUAGAGAGCCCUAUCGGGAAAUAUUUGGUCAAGGCAAUUGGUGCUCUGGCUUCUAAUAAUAGUGGAGUUGAUGAACAUAACCUAACUUUGAAUAAAUUGAUUGUUGAGCACAUGAAGGCUUCCUGUUCCUCCACUGAAAAGCUAUGGGCUGUCAGAUCCAUGAAAUUAAUAUACUCCAAGAUAGGUGAAAGUUGGUUGGUUCUUCUUCCACAGCUUGUUCCUGUAAUUGCCGAGCUAUUGGAAGAUGAUGAUGAAGAAAUUGAACGUGAAGUAAGAACCGGUUUAGUCAAGGUUGUUGAAAAUGUUCUAGGGGAACCCUUUGAGAGGUACCUGGAUUAA